CGAAAACAUUAGGGAUUCGAACACUCAGUACCUAGCUGAAAUUCCGAGUGGUCGGGCAGGCCCGCACCGAAUCCAAAAAAUCUUGAAAUACAACAUCUUGGAAACACCGAUUACAAUUGGAUUCAACCGAGAACGAUGUCGCAACUGAUGGAGAUGACCCGCCACGUGACCUCUUGGCUUGGCUGGACACCGACGCCCACAUGCGACGUCGCGGAGGAGGAGGAGCCGCUGCAGGAAUCGUCCGGCAUUGUGACCGUACUGGUUCUCUACCUGGGCAUGGCCGGCAUCUUUGCGGCCCUGAGUCUCUGCACCACGACCAGCGACGACCAGGUGCGGGCCCGGGCCAAGCGGGAACUGAUGGCCAUGGAGCGCCGCCAGUUGCAGCGUCUGGAGCGGCAGGGCAGGGCAACGGGGUUAACUCUGCUGCCAAACUGGACGACCGCCAUGCCAUCGCUUAUUCGCGAAGUGGCUGCUCCUAGGCCUUCAGUCAUUCAACUGGAAGAGCAGCGCUUGCGGAUGCGUCUGCUCCAGCUAACGGAUCAGAAGGAGCAGGAGGAGCACGAUUCCCAGGAUUGGCACGAUGCUGUGGAUGCGCCAGAGGAGGAGCAGGCCACCAGUUGCCUCGCCCCCAAGAGCCAAAAUUCCACUUUCUUUGACCUUCCCUUAGACUCCGAAUGAAUCUCAUUCACCCGAGGAACUAUUCUAAAUCAUAGCGUAACACACUCAAACCUGCAGCAUGAGUUCACAAAUAAACAAGUACCCACAUAUUAUU